AUGGUCCUGGGGCAACUAUGUCUGGGCCUCGCCCUGCUGGGGGCCCUGAAUAUCCAGGCUCAGGACUCUAUUUCAGCUAUUAUCCCAAGCCCACCUCUGAGCAAGAUCCUCCUGCAGCCAGAUUUACAAUAUGACCAGUUCCAGGGGAAGUGGUACGUCAUAGCUUGGGCCCAGAACACAGCUUGGAAUGAGAGCCUCAGCAGAGCAGCCUUGUACAGUGUCACCUACAGGCUGAACAGCAACAACAGCUACAGUGUCACCUCUGAUUGGUUCAG